CCGGGUUUUAGUCACACUCCUCUGUUCCUUCUUCUUCUUCGUUUUGAGAGAGAGAAUGGCCGACGACUUGUUUGGAGGUCUGCCUCCUCCUUCUUCUGCAAACCCUCUUCCCUCUUCCGAGCCUCAACAACCCAAACCCAAACCAAAGUUCGCUGCUUUUACUACAGACUCUUCUUCCUCUACACCAUCUCCAGCUGAAGCUCCACAACCAGUUCUGAAAAGCGCGUUGAAGAAGCCUAAACAGCCUUCUGAGCCGAACCCAGUUCUCAAAAGCGCCCUCAAAAGGCCCAAGGAACCCUCUGAACCAAACCCAGAAGCCACUGUGCCUGGAAAGAAGUUGAGGUUUAAAACCACGACAGAUGCCUCAGAGCAACAGGUUAUAGAGGCCAUGCAGAAGAUAGCUUCACAUAUAAAGAAUUCUACAAAGUUUGGGAAGGCUUCAAAGCUUGCCAUCCAGCUAAUUCAGGCCGGAAGUGUCAAAGCCGAAACUAGUGAUUACUUUUUUUCCAUAUUAGAGGCCGCGAUGACAUCAUCUACCUCUUGCACAGAUCCUUCCAUACGAGCAGAUAUCCAUGCAUUGUUCUCAACAGCACAAGAUGCCUAUGAGUGUCUCAAUAAGAAGCAAAAGAAUCAGUUAACAACUUGGACGAUCAGAGCUGUGGUGGCAAAUGAUCUACUCACUGAUGACAGCUUCCUGUUUUCGAAAACAGCUCGACAAGUACAAGAAGCAAUAUCUAAUCUGCCAGUUGCAACUGAGGAUGAUGACAGAGAUGAAUCAGCUGUCCUGGAAGAGGAAACUAAAACAACAGAUGAGGAUAAUUUAAUGAAGAAGGACAUGACUUCAGAAAUACCAGAUGAAGAAAAUAAUGAGGAAGAGUCAGAUCCAUUUGGGCUUGAUGCAUUUUUACCUCCGAGCUCUGUGAAGAAAGGAGAUAGAGUAAAGGGAAAGAAAGUUGCAACUCCCAAAGACAGGGAGGAGGAAGAGACCAAGAUAUUCCUCAAGUCACAGAGAGAAGCCUUGGUCCUUUGUUUAGAGAUAGCUGCUCGGCGUUAUAAAACUCCAUGGUGCCAGACAGUCAUAGACAUAUUAGCAAAGCAUGCUUUUGAUAACAUACGGAGGUUCACAUCUAAACAACGGAAUGCUAUUGAGAAACUUUGGGCUUCCAUACGGGAACAGCAUAAUCGGAGAAAACAGGGGAAAACAGUUACCGGGAAACUUGACGUGAAUGGUUUUGAAUGGCUGCAGGAAAAAUAUGCUAAUGAGAAGAUCAGCAUUCGGCAUUCUGUUGGAGGUAGUGGGGAUCGUAAGACUGAAAUGUGGCUUGGUUGAUAGUAUCCUUCCAGUAGAAAUGUUGCUCAUUAUCUUUUUAGUAGCAAUGUUGGUGAAAGGAAGCAAAACGGACUGAGAAAUACUGUAAUUGAUAUCAUUAACGUAAGAAUCAUUUGCAGUGCAGCAGAAUGUUUCAUCAGUACCUUGUUAUGUGCCACUUGUAUUUUGUAGUUAUGGAUGAACAUCUGGU